AUGGUUUUACUACACGUGAAGCGAGGAGACGUAAGUCAAUUUUUAUAUGAAGGUAGCGUAAAUACCUCUGUUGAAGAGAUUUCACGGGAAAUAGUAACGAUCUAUAAUGGUCAAUUGAAAGUUAGCCGCGUAUGUUCCGAAAUCGAAGAAUUGUCAAAACAUGGUACCAUGUUACCACCGGAAAUGCUUGGACUAACAGAAGAACAGGUAAAAGAGUUGCAAUUGGUCGAUGAUUGGGGAGAGAAGUGCGUACCAUCUGGAGGAUGGUCUAACAGCCCAGACCCUGUAGGCCGCAGGAAUGGUCGCAGUCCUCAAUCCAAAAUGCAGGAGAUUUUGUUAAAAACUGUGAAUGAGGCCAGGCUUGCUGUAUCAAAUAAACUUGUAUUGGAGGGAAAAACAUUGCAACAUAGAAAUAUUCAAGACGCACUGGAUUUACUGCGGGGUGCCGUAAUGAUUGUUUAUCCAAUGGAACUGCCACCGCAUGAUCCCAUUCGAAUGGAAUUUGCAAACAUAGAAGAUUUGACUGGAACACAGGCAUCUCUAGAAGUCAUAGAACCGGCAAAAGCCCAACUCUGGUUUGCGGGCAAACUUAUGUUAACUGAUCGCAAGCUCGGUGAUAUUGUUGGCACCAACGAGAAAACAAAAAUUAUUAUCAAGUUGGCGAAAAUUGAAGAGGGAGCUCCAGGCCGUGAGCCCGUUGUUAGCGAAGAAGCGCGGAAACAGCUCAUGCUACAAGCUUAUCGUCGCCAGGAAGAGCUUAAGGUGAGUAACAAAAGACCACAAUAUGAUUCGAAGUCACUGUUCUACUCGUCCGUCUAUCCUAUUUGGAGAAAAUAUGGAACUUGUUGGUUGAAAUGUCACAUAAUCUCGAUUAAUCGUGAUGACUCGUGA